AUGACCCAGCCCGAAAACCCCACUAUCAUCCUCAUCCCAGGCGCCUGGCACCAAGCCAGCACCUACGAGCCCGUGGCCGCUCUACUGCGAGCACAAGGCUACCCAGCGCACACGCUGACCCUGCUAUCAUCAGGCGGGCCGACCUCAACGACAGUCGCCGACGACGCGGCGUAUAUCCGAGACACGCUGCUGGCCGACCUCGUCGCCCAGGGCAAGGAGGUGGUGCUGGCGCUGCACUCGUACAGCGGGGUGGCCGGGUCCGAGAGUGUGAGGGGACUGGCGCGGCGCGAUCUCGCUGCACAGGGAAAGCCAGGCGGCGUUGUUGCGCUGGUGUAUGUUUCGGGGUUUAUGUUGCGCGCGGGACAGACGGUGGAUUCUUUCCUUGGGGGUGUGGGGAAUGUGAUUGUGUUUGAGGGCAACAAAGCUAUCAUGACUGAUCCCGUCUCGAAAUUCUAUGCCGACCUCGACCCCGAGUCUGCUGUCCGUGCUGCUGCUGCUAUCCAGUACCAUGCGAAACCUACUUUUUUUACGCCGCUUACUUACGAGGCGUACCGCGAUGUGCCGGCCACCUACCUCCUCUGCGAGGGCGACAGAGCCAUCCCGCUCAAAGCGCAGCAGAAGAUGGUUGAUGCUGUCGGGGACAUCGUGCAGACUCGUGUCUGCGCCGCGGGGCAUUCGCCUAUGCUGGCGAUGCCGCAGACAGUGGCCGAAGUGAUUAUCGGCGCGGCGAGGGCUGGGUCAGCGACGAAAUUAUGA